UCUCUUCAUUGUUGAUUUUUUCCUUUCUCUUUCACAGUAUGUUCAUAGUAGUAAUACUAAUAGAACACUGCACUGGUGUGCUAUUUGAAAUUCUAAUUUUAUCGCCUGUAUGACUUCUUAGUUGUGUGAUUAAUAAGUUGAACUCCAACCAAAGUGUACAAGAUCAGUACAGUUUCAGCUCUUGCCUCGCUACCUCAACAUCAAUACACAACAUAAAAGAUUUUCCAAAAAGAAAACACCCACAUAGUAACAGUACCUUUUGGUAAAUCCAUCUGUUGCAGUGACUCUGUAAUUUGGGAAUUAAAUCAGCAAAGAGGUACUAACUGUUGCUAUCCUAUUUACCUUUUUUCUUGAUUGUUGGUCAAUCACUUUUCUGUCGUUUUGUUUCUGCUUUUGGAUCAAUUUGUUGACAAAUUGAUUAAUCCGUCCUUUCUAAUUUGUUCGCUCUCUUUUGGAUGGACGACCAAUUUAUGACAUGUUACCUUUCAUUUCGCUUAACUACAUUGUUUAAAAAGAAGAAGUUUGUAUGGAUCAACAAGGUUCGUUUGAAAGCUAUGAAUUUUUGUUCGGUAUAUACUAUUCUUUUUCAAACUAAAGUUAUAUGUACAGAUAUCUGAAGUAGUGAAGUUCUUUGUAUAGAUUGAGUGGGUUGGUUCAAAAGCUUCGAAUUUUCGUUCGGCAUAUGUUUCUCUUAUUCAAACUGACAUUAUCUGUACAGAUUUCUAAAAUAUUGGUACAACUUGAUACAUUUUCUGACAAAGGAAUCAGGAGACUAGAUUUUCCAGCCAGCUGUAACAUUUUCGGCUGCUGGCUUGCAACACCCACUGCUCUUUCAUCCUGUACCAGCAACUUUUAUCAGUUUUUCUCUCUCUUAUUAUGUAUGUUGAUACCUAAUUCAGCUUCUAUUUUGACAAUGCAACAGCGGAUACCAUAAUGGAUCAGAGACUUCUUGUGGACUCCAUCACAAAAGAAACUACAGACUGGACCUGCAAGGUUCAGGAACAACAGGUUUCCAUAGUGAUAUACGAUGAAGACAUUCCCAGAUACGACAACUUGUUCCUUCUUUUCCACACAUAUCUUGUUUCUUGUGCGAAAGUUAGGGAUCCUCGUAGUUACUCGAUACGAGCUGGUACAUACGGAUGGGUAGCUGACAAAUACACAAUUGUUGAACCAAUUAUUGACAAUGAUGGAUUGGAAGCACCACUGCCUGCUCCAGAAAAGUUAAGCACACUUCUUUUCUCAGCGAUUGAGCAACAACACCCAGGUGUUGAAUUUGAUUUACUGGCAGUAGUAGUUAACUGCAGCGCCCUGCAAUACACAGCUGACCAGAGCAAACACUUUCGGGAAGCGAUUGUGAUUGAUCAAAGCAAGACACCUUUUCUAUUUACCAUAUGGGAUGACCUAGCUGACAAUGAGGGAACAACCUUGUUGGAUCACCUACACGAGCAUCCAGUGAUUCUUGCCAAGCAUAUAGGCGUCACUGAAUUCCGUGCUCUGAGAUUGGCAACAAGAUAUCAAACAACAAUUUUACCAAAUCCUCAAGGCAAUUACCCUGAUGAACUGGGUGAAGCAGAACGCACAAAUGUUGUCAUCUACUUCUCAUCAUCAACCUCCUCACUCAAUCUUGCACCUAUUGAAGAUCAAGUACAAUCUGUAUCCACCAUUCCAGAAUCGCUGUCUACGGUACAGACAGUUCAUGUAGAAGGCAGAAUAUCGCUUCCCGAUCAUUCUCAAUCAUUUUACUUGCUUGGCUGUUCACACUGUAAUCAAGAUGUACGUCCUAAAACAAAAAAAAAAUGGUCCACUGCUUCUACUGUAUACUACAUCGGCCAUUGGUCCCCAGGUGCCACUUCAACAUUGACAUCACAGAUUUCAGCGGGACAAUUACAACAACAAUGUCAGAAGCGUUAGCAGAAAGAAUACUGUCCCUAACUGCCAACCAAAUAUAUGAUAAAGUUGCUGUCCAGGUAUAAAAAUACAUACUAUUACCUACUGCGAAACUUCUCUUGCAAUUUUAUUUUACCACUAACUCCUAUUUAACGUACUAUCUUUUACCUUUUCCACUUAGAAACAACCACUGUCUAUUGCCGGUAUAAAUCGCCAAGAUCGUAAACUGUUUAAACUUCAAUUACAAAAGUCAGCUUUCAGAUUUCCAGACCAAAAAGCAGAUGCGCUAGCAGUUGCGUCAUUCACUGAAACAGAACAAACAGGUAAGAGGCAGAAAAUUGAACCAUCCGUACCCACGAAAAAAGAUUGAAGGUAACAGUACUUUGAUAUUUCAUCUGCAUUCUCUAUUCUCAUUUUCCGAUGGUUCUUCACACUUCAAUUAUACUGGAAAAACUGGAUUACUAUAAUUUAAUUUUGAGCUUUUGGAUGCGAUUUCCCUUUUGUGAUGAUUAAAGAGAAAUUUUAUUUUUAUUUUUCAAUUUGAAGUAAAUAGUGUUGUGUAAUUGGAAUUGUAUGUGCUAGCCCUAAUUUUCCUGUGUACUACAGUUACAAUAGAGAUAAGGUGUGUAUGGAUCCUCUUACGUUAUGCGUACCUGACUAGACAAAUUAAAAGGUGUAUGUUUUACUUCGUCAUCUGACUUUAUACGAUUAUGUUCCUUCUCAUCACCUCCACAAAUAAAUAACAUGUUCAUCCCAUUCACUUUUUUGGUAUGUCAUAUGCCUGUAGCUAUUCACGGAUUAAAUACCCUUUCUUUAUAUACUAUUUCACAUGAUUAAUUGCCCUUUCAUAUUUAAUUAUUAUAUAUGUUAGUAAUAUGUUAUAUGUCACUGUAUACAUACUAAUGUUACUGAGGCAUCACUUAUUCUUUCUUCUUCUGCAGCUGUAACUGUGUAGCAACCUUUCUUCACAUUUUGCUUAGCACUAUCCACUUCAUCAGAUGGUAUAGCAUGUACAGAUGCACUUUGCUUCCCUAUACCAGCAUCAGUCUAGCAGACUGCCUGAACUAACUUUUUGUCUUUUGAUCUAAACAACAAUAGACAUUUCAAUGUACAACCACUGUUUAUCGCUUUUGUCUUUUGAUCUAAACAACAAUAGACAUUUCAAUGUACAACCGCUGUUUACUGUGGCACA